UAGCAGUUUUAUUUAAUUAUGAAAGCUCGGAUCACGGCACACAUGGCGCCAGGCGUGGAUACGCUUCUGCGAACAUCCACACAACACCAGCUGGUGAUCCUCCGACCACCCUUAGAGGGGCGCAGAGAGUCGGGAGUCUAAAGUACACCCUGAGACAACCACGUAAACGGGGUGUUGAACUUCCAAGAUGCCAAUUACUCUAGCCCAGUCUUCGCAAAUUGGGAGGAACCUGAGGAAAACCCGCGCUGAUGAGCACAUGCAAGCUAGACACAGCACAUGUGCCAGCCCGACAUCAAACCCAGGACCCAGGCGAGUGGCCCGGCUGCCACCGUGCAAGCCGGUAGGUAGCGGCGCUGUGUGAUUCAGCGCUGCGUCCGCCGAUGUCACGGGACUCGGGCUAAACCGUCCACCGAGAGGCGCUCACCGCGCCGGUGUUGAUCUCGCCGGUGCGCCGUCGCGGUUGGCGGCGGACUCGGCCAGAGACUGGGAGGAGGAGGAGGAGACGAGGAGAGGAGAGGAGGGGUUGGCGGCUUCACACAGCCGUCUGGGGGUGGGGCGUGGAAAAGGCAGAGCUGACUUCCUCAACAGUUCGCGCUUGGGGAGCUUUGCUCAUCCGUGCCUACACCGAGAAGGGGCGGCGAAUUUUUUUUUCCCUCCCUUCCUUUUCUCUCAGUCGCUCCCUUCUUCCCCAACAUGGCUGCUCUCUCAGCCUGGUUCUGGAACGAACGGUUCUGGCUUCCACACAAUGUGACCUGGGCAGACCUGGCGGACCCCGAGCCCGGAGUGGAGUACCCCAAAGCCGGACAUGUGCUGUCUGCCUUACCGCUGGCCUUGGGGAUCUUCGCGGUCAGGCUGUUGUUUGAGAGGUUUGUGGCCCGCCCGUGCGCCUACCUCCUGAGGAUACAGGCAGAGAUCACCAGGAGAGCUCAGCCCAACGCCAUUCUAGAAAAAGUGUUUACAUCUAUAACAAAGUAUCCUGACGCCCGGAGGCUGGAUGGCCUCUCCAAACAGCUGGACUGGGAUGUGCGAAGGAUCCAGCGCUGGUUUCGGCACCGGCGCAACCAGGACAAGCCCAGCACCCUCACCAAAUUCUGCGAGAGCAUGUGGAGGUUUACAUUUUACUUGUACAUAUUUACCUACGGGAUUCGAUUCCUUUGGCAGUCUCCCUGGCUGUGGGACACGAGGCAAUGUUGGUACAAUUACCCCUAUCAGGCACUUUCUCCAGGACUGUACUAUUACUACGUGACAGAGCUGGCCUUCUACUGGUCCCUCAUGUUCUCUCAGUUCACAGACAUCAAGAGGAAGGAUUUCCUCAUCAUGUUCAUUCACCACUUGGCCACCAUCAGUCUCAUCAGCUUCUCAUACGUGAACAACAUGCUGCGCGUGGGCACGCUGGUCAUGUGUGUGCACGACUCCUCGGACUUCCUGUUAGAGGCAGCCAAGUUGGCAAAUUAUGCCAAGUACCAGCGCCUGUGUGACUCACUGUUCGCGCUGUUUGGGGCCGUCUUCAUGGGCACGAGGCUCAUAAUUUACCCUCUCUGGGUGCUGAACACCACCAUGUUUGAGAGCUGGGAGAUCAUCGGGCCCUACCCCUCCUGGUGGCUCUUCAACAUCCUGCUGCUGGUGCUGCAGGUGCUGCACGUCAUCUGGUCCUACCUCAUCAUGCGCAUUGCCUUCAAGGCCAUGGUCCGCGGCAAGGUGUCCAAGGACGACCGUAGCGACAUCGAAAGCAGCUCGGAGGAGGAGACCGACACGCCCCCGCCGGCCUCCCGCAGUGCCCCCCCGGCCAAAGGGGAGAACGGAACGAAUGGACACUUGGCCGCAGGGGCAUGGCAGCAGGACCACUAAGGGAUGGCGGAGGGAGGGGGCGAGGUGCGCGCACGCACAACGAGCGUGGGUGCACCCUGAGAAUGAGUCCCCUCCAGCCACGAGCCCCCCCCCCCGCUGCUCCUCCCCACCUCCAUCACCCCUUUUCCCUGGACACUAAGCCCCCUGGAGGACUGAAAAGACGAGCAGAGCCGCGUCUCCAAGGGGGAGACAGGUGGACACUGAAGUGACAAUCGCAGUGAAGACCAAAAAAUAAAACAAAGCAAAACCACAGAAAAAUCAAGUGACGUUGCUCCGUUCGCUGGGGACGACGACACCCCGGGCCACCCACUGGGGCUUGUUAGAAGACGGGAUUCCCAAUCCUCAUUGUGUUUUAAUGUUGUGUACUUGAGUUUGUUGUUUUUUUAUUGUUUUAUUAAUUUUUAUUUGGAGACCAAAUUGAAAGCUAAUAUUAAAAGGUUCUUUGAUUGUUGUCAA